AUGGAUCCAGGGCCACAUGGCCACCCGGACAAGGUUGCCUACAUCGUCACCUGGGAAGCCUUGGCUUCUGACCCUCCACCUUGGGUUAAGCCUUUCACAACCCCCGCACGUCCUUCCCUGACUCCUACCGCUCCUUCCUUACCUCCCCCUCCUCUUACCACCCGGACCACAUCCUCCCUUUAUUCCACCCUCAUAAAGAGUACAGUGACAAGGAAACCUUUGGGAAGCUCUAAGGCAGUCAAGGAGAAGUCCAAAAGAGCACCCACUGAGGUGUUACCGCCCAGUCCUGACUCUCCUCUUAUUGACUUACUCUCUGAUGAACCUCACCCAUACCAGGGUCCAGGAGCUGAACAACAAGGAGAAGCUGCGGCUGCAGGUCGGGGGCCUCCCGAGCGACCCCCGACCCCGGAAGCGCCUGCCCCUUCGCCGAUGGCCGGGCGACUGAGAGGUCGGCGGGAGCCCCCGCCAGAUUCCACUUCUCACGCUCUCCCACUCCGGACAUGGCCGAACGGCCAACCUCAGUAUUGGCCCUUUUCGGCCUCUGACCUCUAUAAUUGGAAAAAUAAUAACCCUUCCUUUUCCAAAGACCCCACCACCCUAACCUCUUUGAUCGAGUCCAUUCUAGUUGCUCAUCAACCCACCUGGGAUGAUUGCCAGCAGUUGCUGCAGGCCCUGCUGACCUCUGAAGAGAAACAGCGGGUCUUCCUCAAGGCUCAGAAAGAUGUUCCCGGUGAAAAUGGCCGCCCCACGCUAUUGCCUAAUGAAAUUGAUGCUGCCUUCCCCUUGGAACGCCCUGGUUGGGAUUUCACUACAGUUGAAGGUAGGAACCACCUGCGCCUCUAUCACCAGUUGCUCAUAGCGGGUCUCCACGGGGCAGCACGCCACCCCACCAAUUUGGCCCAGGUAAAGCAGGUCAUACAGGGCUCGGAGGAAACUCCAUCAGCAUUUUUAGAAAGACUUAAAGAAGCCUAUCGUAUGUAUACUCCCUAUGAUCCAGAGGAUCCAGGACAGGCUACCAAUGUCUCUAUGACUUUUAUUUGGCAAUCAGCUCCUGAUAUCAGAAAAAAAUUAGAGAGGCUUGAUAACCUCAAGGAAAGCUCCCUACAGGAUUUAUUAAAAGAAGCAGAAUGCAUCUUUAAUAAGAGAGAGACAAUUGAGGAAAGAGAGGAACAGCCGUGUAAGGAGUCAGAACAGAGAGAGGAGAGAUUUAGAAAGAGAGAUGAGGAGAGAGAGAAUGCUAGGGAACGGAAACGGAACAAAGAAUUUAGCAAACUGCUGGCCACCGUCGUUUCAGGUCAGGAUAGAAAAGGACUUAAGACAGGGGGAGACUGCAAGGGACCCCGAGUGGAGAAGGUCCAAUGUGUCUAUUGCAAGGAAUGGGGACACUGGGUAAAGGACUGUCCAAAGCGACCCAGGGGGCCGAAGAAGCCCAGGCCCCCGACCUCCCUUCUGACCCUGGAGGAUUAGGACAGUCGAGGCCAGGAGCCCCCCCCCCAGCCCAGGAUAACUCUCAAUGUUGGGGGGCAACCAGUCACCUUCCUAGUAGAUACCAGAGCCCAGCACUCAGUCCUAACCCAUACCUCGGGACCACUCAGUUUCCGAUCGGCCUGGGUCCAAGGAGCUACAGGUGGUAAGAGAUACCAAUGGACGACGGAUCGAAAAGUACAGCUGGCUACUGGUAAGGUGACACAUUCUUUUCUGCAUGUCCCAGAUUGCCCUUAUCCACUAUUAGGAAGAGACCUCCUCACUAAAUUAAAGGCUCAAAUUCACUUUGAAGAUAGAGGGGCUAACAUAAUGGGCCCCAAAGGGGCCCCCCUCCAGAUUCUCACACUGCAUCUGGAAGAUGAAUAUAGACUUUAUGAAACUCAAAGACCCCAGGGACCUGACAUGACUCCUUGGCUUGAUAAAUUCCCACUGGCAUGGGCCGAGACUGGGGGAAUGCGAUUAGCACUGCGACAGCCUCCGCUCAUAAUACAACUAAAGGCUACAGCUGCCCCCGUCUCCAUUAAGCAAUACCCCAUGUCUUAUGAGGCAUAUCAGGGAAUAAAACCUCAUAUAAGGAGGCUGCUGGACCAGGGCAUCCUCACCCCCUGUCGCUCAACCUGGAAUACUCCCCUACUGCCGGUAAAGAAACCUGGUACUGGGGAUUAUCGGCCAGUGCAGGAUUUAAGAGAGGUCAACAAGAGGGUAGAAGACAUAUACCCUACGGUCCCCAACCCUUAUACUCUACUGAGCACACUGCCACCUUCCCACACUUGGUACACUGUAUUUGAUUUAAAGGAUGCUUUCUUCUGCCUACAGCUGCAUCCUGUGAGUCAAUCUCUGUUUGCCUUUGAAUGGAAGGAACCAGAUCUUGGGCUCUCAGGCCAAUUAACUUGGACCAGGCUUCCCCAAGGGUUCAAGAACAGCCCAACCCUCUUUGACGAGGCUUUGCAUCAAGAUCUGGCAGAUUUCAGGGUGCAGCACCCUGCCCUGUUACUGCUCCAAUGUCUGAUGCUGGCGGCAGAAUCAGAACAGGAGUGCAGGGAGGGCACAGAAGCCCUCUUGCAGACACUAGGACAAUUAGGAUAUCAGGCAUCCACAAAGAAGGCCCAAAUAUGCCAAAAAGAGGUCAUCUACCUAGGCUAUCAAUUAAGGGAUGGACAGAGAUGGCUGACUGAGGCACGUAAACAGACUAUUACUGACAUCCCUGCCCCUAAAAAUCCCCGCCAGCUGCGGGAGUUUCUGGGGACUGCAGGGUUCUGCCGCCUCUGGAUUCCAGGGUUUGCGGAGAUGGCUGCACCCCUAUACCCUCUCACCAAACAAGGGACUCUGUUUAAUUGGGGAGAGGAACAACAGAAGGCAUUCCAGGAUAUUACAAAGGCCUUGCUGGCCUCCCCAGCGUUGGGCCUCCCUGAUACCACCAAACCCUUCGAAUUGUUUGUGGACAAAUGGCAGGGCUAUGCUAAAGGAGUACUCACUCAGAGACUGGGCCCCUGGAAGCGUCCAAUAGCUUACUUAUCCAAGAAACUUGAUCCAGUAGCGUCGGGCUGGCCACCCUGCUUGCGAAUGAUAGAAGCCAUUGCAGUCCUUGUCAAGGAUGCCGGCAAAUUAACUCUGGGUCAGCCUUUAACUAUCCUAGCACCCCAUGCAGUAGAAGCCUUGAUUAGACAACCUCCAGACUGCUGGCUCUCCAACGCCCGCAUGACUCAUUACCAGGCCAUGCUCCUGGAUGCGGACCGAGUCCAAUUCAGUCCAGUGGUUGCACUUAACCCCGCCACUCUGCUCCCCCCGCUGGGAAAGCCAGAACUGCAUGACUGUCUCCAGAUCCUUGCAGAAAUGCACGGGACCAGACCGGACCUGAGGGAUCAACCCCUCCGAGAUGUAGACUACACCUGGUACAGGGAUGGCAGCAGCAUCCUGGUGAGCGGGGAGCGGAAGGCGGGAGCAGCCAUGACCACAGAGACGGAGGUAGUCUGGGCAAAAGCCCUUCCGGCAGGCACCUCAGCCCAGAGAGCUGAGCUCAUCGCACUAACCCAGGCCCUUCAGAUGGCAGAAGGUAAGAGACUGAACGUCUAUAAAGAUAGCCGAUACACCUUUGCCACUGCCCACAUACAUGGGGAAAUUUACCGGAGGCGAGGACUAUUAACUUCAGAAGGAAAAGAAAUUAAAAACAAGGCUGAGAUCCUGGCACUGCUAAAAGCCUUGUUUCUGCCUCAGAAAUUGAGCAUUAUGCAUUGCCCUGGCCAUCAAAGAGGCAAUAGCCCGGAGGCAAAAGGGAACCGACUAGCAGACACAGUUGCAAGGGAGGCUGCCCUAAACUCCCUCAGCACCACCCGAGCCCUUCCUUUGACAGACGGGGCCAUACAAAAAGUAACUGAUGAAUGCAAAGCCUGCGCCCAGGUAAAUGCAGGCAGGACUAAGCUCGAACCAGGGAUCCGAGUUCGAGGACACCGUCCCGGUACCCAUUGGGAAAUCGAUUUCACAGAGGUAAAGCCUGGAUUAUAUGGAUACAGAUACCUACUGGUGUUCAUAGACACCUUCUCUGGAUGGGUAGAAGCUUUCCCCACAAAACAUGAAAUGGCAAAGACCGUGACCAAGACUCUUGGAAGAAAUCUUCCCCAGGUAUGGGAUGCCCCAGAUCCUGGAGACUGGGUGCUCCUCCUGCCUUUAGCCUUAUACAGGGCCCAAAACACGCCGGGCCCACAUGGACUCACCCCAUUUGAAAUAUUAUAUGGGGCCCCGCCCCCAUUUAUGAAUUUCUUGGAUUCCAACAUUGCUGAUUUUGCUAAUAGUCAUUCUCUGGAAGCUCAUUUGCAGGCAUUACAGAUUGUCCAGAGAGAAGUCUGGAAACCACUUGCAGCAGCCUAUCGGGAGCAGCUAGAUAAGCCGGUGGUACCACACUCCUACCAGAUAGGAGACACUGUAUGGGUACACAGACACCAGACUAAGAACCUGGAACCCCGGUGGAAAGGACCAUACACUGUCCUCUUGACUACCCUGACGGCACUAAAGGUUGACGCCAUCGCAGCCUGA